ACUCGAAAUAGAUUAUUUUUGGAACUUUUUUCAGAAUGUGUGAAAUCGGGAUUAUAUCAUGUUAAAACAACAAUUUCCAUAUUUGUAACUUAUGAAUAAAGUCCUCAAGCGGCCUUCUUGCCGCUAGCACGAAACAUUUUUAAAAUAAUUCACUAAAAUGGCAGCAGCGGGUGAUAAUUUCAGCGUCUGGCUAAAUGACAAAUUGCAAAAAUUAAAUACUGAUGAAACUGUUUUUGGCUCUUAUAUUACUGGAAUUCUCGAAGGCGAUGAAAGUCAUGAAGAAAAAGUUGAAGCUCUAGAAGGAAUUUUGUCAGAAAUAAUUAUCAGUGACAUACCAAGUGUGGUAAAGGAGAUAGUUGAUAAAUGGAUUAGUACAAGACCUCAGGAGGAGAAACUUGCAUCAGAAGUUGAAGAUGUCGAUACUCGAUUAGCACGUCUUUUAGAAUCUCAAACUUUAGCAACAACGGUGCAGAGACAAUAUACAGCAGAUGAACUUCGUAUUAGAGAAGCAGUAUUAGCACAAUAUAGUCAGUUGUCAGACGAGGGUGAAGAUGAAGAAGCAUCAGGGUCGGAUGCAGAAUGUGAUCUGGUGAAAAAUACGAACGUUUCUGAUGUUCUUCAAGCCAAUAAAGAGAGAAGAGAGCAGGCAAAACUUGAAAGCCAGAAAAAGAAUAAAGACAAAGAAGACAGAGAAAAACAAAAACAACAAAGAGAAGAAAAAAAGGAGAAAAGGAAGACUCAAAAAGGUGAAAGACGCAGGUAGCAUGUUCGAUACGCAUAUUUUCUAAAUCAUUGUGGUUGUAUUUAUUUCAUUUUAUAAUUUAUUUUUCCUAUAAUAUUGGUUAAAUAUAGCAGGUUUUGUCACUAGUCAGUACUUGU